GGCGGGCGGGCGGUCUCUUUUUAAAAUUAUACCCAUGGUGCCUUUCGUUAUGAAAGUGUAUUGAACAAUCUUAGCCGUCCUUGUGUUGUAGUGGUUUACUGAAGUGGAAGCGUUGUUUCUAUCCUGUGUUUAAAACGGCGGACGCUGCUGUUUAUGCGCGCAGAUUUUGAACAGAGAGCGUCCGUUGCACCGCCAGCAGUUUCCCCUCUCCUUUGGCUCCAAACCCCUCGAGGACAAAUGAGGUCACGUCGCUCACGUUCCCGCGCCACCAUCACCCCCCGCGCCCUCCCCUCCCGGACCUCUCUCCCCUCCCCCAUUGGCCAUUAAUCCAUCACGCGCUCGGCCGUUGCACAAUCAACACCUCCUUCUCAGCGUCCCUACCGUGGCCUGCUCUGCUGCAUACAUUCUCGCCUUCCUCGAUCCAAGCCCUGCAAUCUCUGAUCUGUUUCAUGGCACUACGCGUGCUCUUCUUGAUGCUGGCGCUCCUCGCAGCUGCCCGUGCCUCCUCCCCUGCCGCGAGCCUGGACGCUGCGUCGCUGCUCGCCUUCAAGUCGGCGUGCGCUGGAGCUGGGCGUGGCACUGGCACCGCCGCGCUCGAUUCCUGGACGGAGUCCACUGACCCCUGCUCCGGCGAGUGGCGCGGCGUCACUUGCCUGUGGUCCUCCUCCUCAUCCGCCACUUCCCGUGUCCGUCGUGUUGUUCUCGAGGGCCUCGGCCUUGCUGGGGAUGCCGGCGCCAUCGCGGCACUCACAGAUCUCCCUUCGCUCUCGUUCCUUAGCCUCAAGAACAACACCUUCACGGGAUCGCUCCGUGAUGUCGACUUCUCUCCCUUGGCGCCGCACCUCAAGCUCCUUUACCUCUCCGGAAAUGGCUUCUCCGGGAGGUUCCCUGAGUCCAUCCUACGACUUCGCCAUCUGCGCCGCCUCGACCUCUCCGGCAAUCGACUUACUGGCACCAUUCCGCCGGAGAUCGGCCAUCGCCUCCGCGCGCUCGUGACACUGCAUCUCGCACGCAAUUCGUUCGUCGGGCGCGUGCCCAGCUCUCUGGAGUCGAUGCCGAAGGUAGCUGAGCUCAACGUCUCCGGUAACAACCUCAGCGGCCAGAUUCCAAAGCACCUCGCAACGGCCUUCCCCGCGUCAUCGUUUCUGGGCAACCCCGAGCUCUGCGGUGCCCCGCUGCGCCGCCGGUGCGACGGACAGCAGCAGAGAGUACACACCAGCGGACAUGGGAGAAGGAGUUCCCACGACCGGUGGAUGGUGGUGAUGAUCAUGGUGGCGGUGGGCGCAGCUGUCGCUACGCUGAUCGCCGCGGCACUGUGCGCUGUGCUGUGCUUGAAGAACAAGAAGUUGACGCGGCCGCGCGCCAACUCGCGCACCAGCUCGAUGUCGACGUCGCGGGAGGAGACGGUGCGCUUCGACGGGUGCUGCGAGGAGUUCGACGUGAGGGCGCUCAUGAUGGGAGCCGCGGAGAUGCUUGGCAAAGGCGCCGCCGCGACGACGUACCGCGUGGUCAUGGGAGGCCAGCAAGACGUGGGCGACGCCGGCGCCGAGGAGACCAAGGGCGAGGCGGUGGUGGUGAAGAGGCUGAGGAGGAGGGAAGGCACGACCCGGGAGGACGAGGGCCGGAGGAGGGAACUGGCGAGGGAGAUGGGCUCGUGGCGGCACGCCAACAUCGUCGACCUUCGCGCGCUCUACGCGUCGGAGGAGGAGCUUCUCCUCGUCUUCGACUACAUCCCCAACGGCAGCCUCCACAGCCUCCUGCAUGAGAACAGGGGACCUGCACGAGCCCCUCUGGACUGGCAGACGAGGCUGAGGCUGGCGCAGGACGCGGCGCAAGGCCUCGCCUACCUCCACGGCGUGUCCGGCUCUAGGCUCGCCCAUCGCCACCUCACCUCCUCCAACAUCCUCGUCGACGGCGGCGGCAGCGCGCGCGUCUCCGACUUCGCCCUGCUCCAGCUGCUCCUGCCGGCGCCACCGUCAGAAAAGGCCCUGCAGAAGCAGGACGUGCGCGACUUCGGCGUCAUCCUGCUGGAGAUACUCACGGGCCGGUCGCCGGAGGACGGCAAGGUGGACAUCCCGCGGUGGGUGCGGACGGUGGUGCGGGAGGAGUGGACCUCCGAGGUGUUCGACAUGGAGCUGCUGCGGACCAGGGGCGCGGAGGACGAGAUGGUGGCGCUCCUCCAGGUGGCGCUGCUCUGUGCCGCCGACAACCCGAGGGAGCGGCCGAGGAUGGCUGUGGUGUCCAAGAUGAUCGAGGACAUCAGGGACAGGGGGAGCAAGAGGAGCAAGUGCUCUGCUUCUCCAUCGCAAGCUGGGUGUUCCUACGACUCGUCUCCUUGCGCGUCAGAGGGCACCACCAAGUCUACCACCGCCUCAAGCUCUUGAUCCUGCGCACAAGUCACCAGCGAGUUGCAUGCUCGUUUCCGGUUUCCCUCACAAACAACAUUGUUCUCUAGAGAAUAAUAUCGGCAGAGUACACGGAAAGGAUUUCCUAAGGGAACCGGGCGGUUUCUACGUACCGGGUACUGCGUGCACUCCAUGUAUGCACGUACACAUAUGAGAUACGAUUCGCUGCAAAAAAAAAAAAAACAUAUGUGAUACGAUUAUUAUC